CCUUCACUAACACUCACACGGUUGCCAUGGACAUGCAUAAGCAGUGGGAGAACACAGAGGCUAACUGGCACAAGGAAAAGAUGGAAUUACUGGACCAGUUUGACAACGAAAGGAAGGAAUGGGAGAGUCAAUGGAAAAUCAUGCAGAAGAAGAUAGAAGAGCUUUGCCAUGAAGUAAAGCUUCGGAGGAAAAUCAACAUGAAUGAAUGUGCUAAGAUCAUCAGUCAUGAUCGUGAGAAAGCAAUUCGAGAUAAAGUGCUAGAAUCUCCAAAUGACCCCAUUUCAGGGCGAUGUGAAUUUACAGGGAUAAAUCACAGGGAUGGUCUGGAGAAAGAAAAUAAAACAGAGCAGAGCUUACUCUGUGAGGGAAAUCAAAUGUGUAAGGAUCAAAAAGCAACAAAAAAAUCACAAGUAGGGUUUAUGGAUCCUUUGGCCACAGAGAACCAAAAAGAUUGUGAGGCCUGCCCUGGUCCGAGGACUUGGAGGGAAGAGAGCAGGAGGUGUUCUGGGGCCCUCAACUUGGCUCUUGAAGAACUUGCCAAAGUUAGUGAAGAGUUAUGCAGCUUUCAAGAGGAAAUCCGAAAGCGGUCCAACCACAGAAGGAUGAAGUCAGAUUCGUUUCUUCAGGAAAUGCCAAAUGUAAUUAAUAUGCCUCACAGAGACCACAUGGUCAAUGAUGGCCAGGGCAUUCUUCCCCUCAAUUUAGAAAAAGAAAAGCAGAAAAAUAUGAAGAACCUAAGUACCAAUGUGCUCCAAAGCAAUUCUCUGAAGACAUGUGAACUUGAUACAAUUGAUCUGCAAAGAAAUGAAAUUCCACCACUUCCUCCUCCAAGAAGCACAUCUCGAAAUUUUCCCAGCUCCUAUUCUGAAAAAGCUCAUGAAAGUUUGAAGGAAAAUUUAGAUCACUGCAGCCACGUGGCCCAAGAGGGUCAAGAUGAAAGGAAUUGCAGUUCUCAUUUCCUUUUGAGGCACAAUGAGAUGCCUAUCCUGUGUCUAAAUGAAGGCAAGACUUUGAAAGAUGGUAUCAUGUCUCCAUCUUUGGCCCCCAAAGCCAAAAUAGGUAACAAGCCUUCAUGUAAUGAAAAUGUUGGACUUAGCAUGUGGUUGUAUGACCCUGGGAUCAGUGCAAAAAAUAGUCCCUCUCCAUUGUGGUUUCAGAAAACCUGCUUGACUCCCAAUAAGCCAAAGUGUGAAAAUAUGGUUCCAGAUCACCCUACUAAAGCUCAUCCUGAUCUGCAUAUAAGCAGUGACUAUAGCUCCUUGGUGACAGAGAGCAGCGGCCCACUUAAAAGUUUCAGUUGUGGCUUUAAGAAGACAACUAGGAAUGAAAAACUGGCAGCAAAGACUGAUGAAUUUAACAGAAUCGUAUUUAGAACAGAUAGAAAUUGUCGGGCAAUACAGCAAAAUCAAAGCUACUCAGAAUCAUCUGAAGAUCUUAAGCCCUGUGAUACCUUAAUUACUCAUACAGGUAACAUCUCAGAAAAUGACAAUGUGUCUGAUAUUCUGAAAACCAGUGUUCACGUGCCUGUGCCCAAAGAAAAUGUGCCUGACAAUCCCACCACAAUAUCCACAACAGGCCUCGUUAAACAAAUGCAGGAACACAUGAGCACCAGCAGUUACCGCAAUAUGCUCCAAGAGCAUGACUGGAGACCCAGUAAUUUGUCUGGUCGGCCAAGAUCAGCUGAUCCUAGGUCAAAUUAUGGUGUUGUGGAAAAGCUGCUGAAAACCUAUGAGACAUCCACAGGAUCUGCAUUGCAAAAUUCUAAACGCAUCCAAGAUAACUGGACCAGAUGUAAUGCUGAUGUCAGCAGUGGGCCCACGUUAAGUCAGCAUUUAGAAAUACUUCAGUUAGAACAAGAGCUUCAGCAAAAGCCAACUAUGUGUGGAGCACAGCAAGUGAAGCAAGGAGUAGACUGGAGAAAGAUAACAGAGGAAUCCAUGGCAGUGAAAUCUUCGCAUGGAAAAGGAUUUUCCCGACCGGCUAGACCAGCAAAUCGCCGUCUCCCUUCCAGAUGGGCCUCAAGAUCUCCAUCAGCGCCCCCUGCCGUGCGGAGGACUGCCCCCAGCUAUACCAUUUCUUUGAGAUCCGCAGCAUCAAUGGUCUGAGUCUCUGGCCUGGAUUGCUAGAUGACAAAAGUCCUAAUUGCCAAACAGAGCAUUCCGAGUGUUUACAGCCAAUCCUGUCUCUUCUCUGUCUUUCAAGAUCACUGGGACAAACGAUUUCAAUCUUAACUUCCCAUCAGUCUUCAGUGUUUUUAAUCUAUGGAAUAAUUAUCUUCCUGUAUUUUGAUUUCUUAGAUCAGAAUUUUUUAAUGCCAUCCUCAUUAAUUUGCCAAUAUGAUUUUGAGUUGAAACAAUGUACUAUAUUGUAUAUUCGAACUUUCUUGCAAGUAGCAGAAAGCAAGGUUAUGUGCAUGGCCAUGUGUUUGUAGAUGCAUGUGUUGCAAUGAGAAGUAUCCUAGUAUGUAUUUAGAUAAGAAAAACAUAUGUGCUAGUGUUGACUUUGAAAUUAUAACCUGUAUACCUAUGUA